CAGCCGGUGCUGCAGUUUUCAGUGCGUAGCUUUUGAACGGCGCGAGCGCUCGGUGUGGGGGGAAAAAUUCCGUCGCGCGCAUUGUAGGAUGAGAGACAUAAAGCCACAUGCGCUGAGCACGAGCUCUGCACAAACCUGGGAUUUAUAAAGGCGCGUGCGCUCGUGUGUGUGUUUGCGUGUGUGGACGCGGUGUAGAAGUUUUUGCUGCUUCUUCCGUUGUUUAUUCCUUUUUCCGGCCGUUGCUGCUGCGAGCAUGGCGGAGCGGAGCGGGCGUGUGAGCUUCCCAGGGAGCGGCGCACUUAACACCCCGGUCCCGAUGAACCUGUUCGCCACCUGGGAGAUCGACGGCAGCUCCGCGUCAUGCGUGCCCAGGUUGUGUAGUCUCACUCUGAAGAAGUUGGUGGUGUUAAGAGAGUUGGAUAAAGAGCUCAUCUCGGUGGUCAUCGCCGUCAAAAUCCAGGGCUCCAAACGGAUCUUGCGUUCUCAUGAGAUAAUGCUGCCCCCUACAGGCACUGUAGAGACUGACCUCGCCCUUACCUUCUCACUGCAGUACCCUCAUUUCCUGAAGCGAGAAGGGAAUAAACUGCAGAUUCUGCUACAGAGGAGGAAGCGUUAUAAAAACCGCACAAUUCUGGGCUACAAGACUCUUGCUGUCGGAUCUGUCGACAUGGCCGAGGUGAUGCAGCACCCUGCAGAUGGAGGUCAGGUUCUGUCUCUGUGCAGUAAUCAGAAGGAGUUGAUGGGGAAAGUGGCUGAAAUCUGGAUUUACUCUCUCUGCAGUCAGCCAAUCGACCAUGAGGAGGCGGGGCUAAUGAAGCUCAAACGCUCUGAGAAUUACUCUGAGGAGGAGUAUGAGAGUUUCUCUUCAGAACAGGAGGCAAGUGAUGAUGCUGCACAUGCACAGGAUCUUGAAGAUGAUGAGUUUGACGUGAGGAAGUCUAAAAAGCAGCGGCGCUCAAUUGUGAGGACAACCUCCAUCACAAGGCAGCAGAACUUUAAACAGCGAGUCGUCGCUCUUCUCAGACGCUUCCGGGUCUCUGACGAGGUAUUGGACUCGGAGCAGGACCCUGCGGAGCCACCCCCUGAGGUGGAGGAGGAUCUGGAGAGUUUGGAUUUUGAGAACCCAAGCGACAGUCCGGACCUGGAGGACGAUGACAGCGUACUGAGCACACCCAAACCCCAGCUUAAGCCAUAUUUCGAGGGUGUGUCUCUCUCCAGCUCUCAAACAGAGAUCGGCAGCCUUCACAGUGUGAGGAGUCACAGAGAACCACCCAGUCCGAUGGAUCCUGAUAAGCUGAAGGUUACAGGUGGAAAGUUUCAGAUGGAUGACAUGUCUGAUGCCAUCACUUUUGCCCAGCCUGAAGCCGUGACCCCAACUACAGAGUUGGAAAUGAUGGAUAAUAUGGACUCUUUCUUGGGGAAGCUGCCCCCUACAGGCAGGAUGACCAAAACCGAGUCCCUCAUUAUCCAGUCUAAUAGGCAGGAGGUAAAGCAGGUGCGCAGAGGGAGGAGUACGUCACUGAAGGAACGACAGACAAGCCGACCUCCGAAUGAGCGAGCCAACAGUUUGGAUAACGAGCAUCCACUGCAUACACACUGUCCUCUACAGAUUCCUCGCAAAACAGUUUACGAUCAGUUGAAUCACAUCCUGGUGUCUGAUGAUCAUCUUCCUGACAGCAUCAUCCUCAUCAACACAUCAGACUGGCAGGGCCAGUACCUGUCUGAUGUUCUGCGGAAUCGCACUCUACCUGUAGUGUGUACUUUCACCACAGCUGAUGUUCAGGCUGCCUUCAACACUAUCAUCUCACGCAUACAGAGAUUCUGUAACAGUAACUCCAUCACUCCUUCACCGGUGAAGAUUGCAGUUGCAGGUCCGCAGCAUUACUUGUCCUCCGUACUCCGCCUCUUUGUUGAGCACCUGACUCACAAGACUCCUGAUUGGCUGGGAUAUCUGCGCUUCCUCAUUAUUCCACUAGGAGCCCAUCCACUGUCUAAAUACUUGGCCAGUAUUGAUUACAGAUAUAACAACCUGUUCCAGGACUCAGCAUGGAGAGAUUUAUUUUUCAAACCUGAAGCUCCAGUUAUAGUGCAGGAGAAUCCUGACGUGGUCUCCAGAGUGACUCAGUACAUGUUGGGAGCAAAUGGAGCUCAUCAGCUCCCCAUAGCAGAGGCUAUGCUAACAUACAAGCAGAAGAGGAAAAAGAGUUUUCAUUUUGAUUUUGCAGUAAGUCCAGAUGAAGACUCAUGUCAGAAAUUCAUCCCCUUUGUUGGGAUGGUGAAGGUUGGGCUGGUGGAACAGAGCUCUGCUUUAUCAGGUGACUCGGAUGAUGCAGCUCCAUUAGUAUCUCUCCUCUCCUCCACUCCUCCACAGAUCUCUCCAGCCCUAAAAGAGGCUUCUCCCACUCCUCCAUCCUCUCCCUCUAUCCACUCGUCUAUCUGCAGUUCCCCUGGUGGUGGACAGGGGGAGCUGAUGGGACUUCAGGUGGAUUAUUGGGUCGCACCGUCUGAGAAGAAGAAAGAGGUGGAGAAAAGAGAUUCAGUCUCCAAAAACACGCUCAAAUGCACCUUCCGCUCGCUUCAGGUUAGCCGCCCACUGGGUGGGGCCGAGGCGGGGCCAACGAUGUCCAUGACUGUCGUCACCAAAGAGAAGAACAAGAAAGUGAUGUUUCUGCCAAAGAAGACGAAAGAUAAAGAUUUAGAGUCUAAGAGUCAGGUGAUCGAAGGAAUCAGCCGCUUAAUCUGCACUGCCAAACACCAGCAGACUAUGCUGAAAGUGUCUAUAGAUGGAGUGGAGUGGAACGAUGUGAAGUUCUUCCAGCUCGCUGCUCAGUGGUCAUCCCACGUCAAGCACUUACCCCUCGCCGUCUUCGGACACUCCAAAGGACCCUACUGACCUCUAACCUUUGGUGCCAACUGCCGUUCCCCUCCCCUAGACCCUGCCCCACUCCACCCUUUUAACUCUCCUGUGUUUUUAAGCCUAACUAAAGAACUGAUCAACUGAUCACAUGGAUUGAUUAACUGGCUAACUGACCCCUGUUCCAGUGUGGAAAAAUGCAGACUAUGUGACGGUGUAAUCACUGAUGGCAGAACGGCAGAAAAGUCACUCACUCACAUUUCAUGAACACACACACUGUGGCUUGUCCUGCUCUGAACAUCAAGCUUCACUCCGACGAUAGAGAUAAUGACUCACUUUGUUCAAUACCUGAGUUGAUUUAUUUGAUUUAUUUAAACCCCUUCAUGUAUGUGAAUUGAUUAUUGCUUUUUAUUUGAUUUACCAUUUACAAUUCGAUUUACAAUUUCAUGAUUCGGAUCAUUUCGAUUGAUGUGACUCGUAU